AUGAAUGACGAGAAAUAUAAAGAAAAAGUGCCUGAUUUUUGGGAUCACUGGGAAAAUGAGCGAAAUUUUGAUGGAAAAAGCGAUGAAGUCCCAUCCACAAAAAAAGUGACCCAUCAGGACAAUAUGCGUCUUUGGGAAGAAGCAAACCAACGAGCACCAGACGUAGAAGUUGUAAACUCGUCACGAACAGCAUAUAAACCAUCGCUCAAGAUUCUUCGACGUUCAGCUGGCCAAUCUAGUGAUUCGUCUGUUUCUAAUGCAUUGCCUGAGAAGUUUGCGUCUACAGAACCUGAGCAAGGCCAUCGUGAAAAGGAACAACGAUAUAAAGAAGUUCGACAGAAAAUUUUCGGUACACCUACAUUAGAAAACAAACCUUGUAUACCUAUUCGUUCUCCUAUUGGGCCUUGCUCAGAAGGAGGGUUUUCUGGAGGCAAAAAUUAA